AUGACAACCCUGCGCUCCUUCCAGGCCGAGAUUGAGAACUUCUCGCACGAGAAGCAGCGCCAGGCGAUUGCGCAGGCCCGCGAGGCCCACGCCGCCGCCGAACAAGCCAAACACCACGGCAAGAAGCACGAUAUCAAGCACGACACCAAGCACCCCGCUCAGCCCACGUCCCCUGUCAAGGCCAAGGUUUCUCUUGACGAACAACGCGAGCCCGAGGAGGAUGCCAUCCCGGUGCGCGUCGAGGACCUUCUGGUGAACGGCGAUGACGACAAGCUUCAGGCGCACCUUGCAUCCACGCUGCUGCGCGGCCACGGCGAAGUGAUGAUCACCCUCGGAACGCACCCAGACGACGCCGAGGGUGCUACCGGCGAGCCCGUCACUGUCGAGCAGCUCGACAAGGCCGUGACGCGCCUCCGCGCCACGUGCACCGACAUCAAGGCUGACGUGACCGAGCUGUACCGCGACGCGCCAAAAGACAAGCCCGACAGCCCCUUUGGAUGCUGGCUCGUGAGGUUACGGCCCGCUGGCGUCGAGGAAGUGAUGGAGGUGCGCGUGGCCGUUGUGGGCAAUGUGGACGCCGGCAAGUCCACCACCCUAGGCGUCUUGACGCGCGGUACCCUCGAUGACGGUCGUGGCAAGGCGCGUGUGGCCCUUUUCCGCCACCCUCACGAGAUUGAGUCUGGCCGCACGUCGUCUGUCGGCGGCGAGAUUCUCGGAUUCAGCACCACUGGCCAGCCCAUCUUCCCGUCCACGGAAGGCGAGGCGUCUGGAGCAAAACGAGAGAAGCUGAGCUGGGAAGCCAUUUGCAAACGCGCGUCCAAGGUCGUCUCGUUUAUCGACUUGGCCGGCCACGAGCGCUACUUCAAGACCACCCUCUACGGCCUGUCUGGCUGCGCUCCCGACUACGUCAUGCUCAUGGUCGGCGGAAAUGCUGGACUGAUAGGAAUGUCCAAGGAGCACCUCGGCGUGGCCCUCGCUCUCAACGUCCCCAUCGCCGUCUGCGUCACAAAGACCGACAUGACCCCUCCAAACAUCCUCGAGCAAACCGUCACCAUGCUCACCAAAGUCCUCAAGAGCCCCGGGUGCCGUCGCGUGCCCGUGUUCGUCGAGAACAAGCGCCAGGCUGUCGACUGCGCUCGCCUGCUCUCGCGUCCCCUCUCGAAUGGUUCCAAGAUCUGCCCCGUCUUCAUGGUCUCGAACGUGUCGGGCCAGAACAUUGACAACGUGCGCACGUUCCUCAACUGCCUUCCGUCAUCGCAAAAUGACGACAAGUACGUGGUCGACGCGCCUUUCGAGUUCCAGAUCAGCGACGUCUUUUCCGUCCCCUUCGUCGGCACUGUUGUCAGCGGAGUGGUGACGGCGGGAUCGGUCAAGUCCAACGACCAGGUCCUCCUCGGUCCCGACUCGCUUGGUCAUUUUCUCCCCACCAUGGUCAAGACUAUCGAGCGCAAACGCGCCAAGGUCGACAGUGCCGAGGCCGGUCAGAGCGUCGCUGUCGCGCUCAAGCGAAUACGCCGCCCGCAGGCUCGCAAGGGAAUGGUGCUGGUUGCCAAGACUGAGACGCCGCCCAAGGCCACCAUGAGGUUUGAGGGCAUGGUCAUGGUCCUCCACCACUCGAGCACCAUCCAGCCCAAGUACACCGCCAUGCUCCACUGCGGCGCCAUUCGCCAGUCGGUUCGUAUCGUCAGCCUCGACCACCCUUCCGGAUUGAUCCGUACGGGCGACCGCUCCAAGGUCGUGUUCGAGUUUAUCGCGCACGCAGAGUAUGUCAAGGAGGGCCAGCUCAUCCUGCUGCGUGAGGCCAAGACCAAGGUGCUGGGAGUCGUGACAAAGGUGCUCCCUUGA